GUGGAAAAGAAGAUGUGGCCCGAACCUUCCCACAUGAUCGGACAGUUGGACUGGAGGUUCCAGAUCUAACGUUACAUCGCCAUCCUCGCGUCUGAGUCAGUUGAAAAGCGCAAUGACAACGCAUUUCAAGAGCGGACCUGCUUUUGGACUGUCUGCGGAGGUCAAGAGUAAGCUGGCCCACAAAUAUGACCCACAAAAGGAGGAGGAGCUAAGAAUGUGGAUCAGUGAGGUCACAGGCCGCAAACUUCCCGAGAACUUCAUGGAGGGACUGAAAGACGGAGUUAUACUCUGCGAGCUUAUCAACACUCUUCAACCCGGUUCUGUGAAAAAGAUCAGCAACUCUCCUCAAAACUGGCAUCAGCUGGAAAAUAUUGGUAUUUUCGUCCGAGCCAUUCAAGAGUAUGGACUGAAGCCACAUGAUAUAUUUGAGGCCAACGACCUGUUUGAGAACGUCAACCACACUCAGGUCCAGUGCACGCUUAUUACACUGGCUGGGAUGGCAAAAUCUAAAGGCGUCCAUUCUAAAUACGACAUUGGAGUGAAAUACGCAGAGAAACAACAACGCAAAUUUGCUCCAGAGAAACUAAAGGAGGGACGCAAUAUUAUUGGUCUGCAGAUGGGCACCAAUAAGUUUGCCAGUCAGAAGGGCAUGACAUCUUACGGCACACGGCGUCACCUCUAUGACCCAAAGACGGGUAUGGAGACUCCUCUGGACCAAUCAACAAUCAGCCUGCAGAUGGGCACCAACAAAGGAGCCAGUCAGUCCGGCAUGACGGCCCCCGGCACCAAGCGCCAGAUCUUCGAUAAGAAGCUGGACAUGGAGAUGUGCGACACCUCUACCGUCUCUCUGCAGAUGGGCACCAAUAAAGUGGCAUCCCAGACCGGCAUGACGGUGUACGGUCUGCCGCGUCAGGUGUACGACAGCAAGUACUGCUCCAGCCCAAAUGACUACAACGGCCAGGACUCAGAGAUGGAUGGAUAUCAGGAUUCUGACUAGGAUGAACAGACAGCUGCCAGCACACUGCUUUUUUUAAAACUCACCUGCACUAUUUUUAAAUUCCAAAGUCAUGUCGACCAGUAGGACCAGCUUCAACUGUUUCCUGACACCACAGCCGCCGAUCAAAGCUGAGAACCUCAGUGACUGACCGUUCGUAGAAAACAAACUUAGGAGGAAUGUCUUUAACAUGUCUUUUACACACAUGCUUCUCACUUAUAUAGUUUUAUUAUUAUUUUUUUUUCAGUUUUAUUUGAUUUUAUUGCUAUUUUUGAGCGUGUCAUUUUCCCAUCUCCUGCAUGGCCCAAUUUUCUUAUAUGAAAAAAUAAUGCAGAUGAUAAAUGUGGAGGUAUUAUAUUUAUGAUGCCUCAUAGUUACAGUACAUAUACACUACUAGUUUAGAAUCAUAUAAGUAUCUCAUGCUCACCAAAACUGCAUUUAUUUGGUUAAAC